GGGUAAAGAAAUAGAUUGUAAAGCGUACAGACCUUGUUAGUGAGCGGAAAUUUGCGCUAUACAUUUGCUGUCUUUAAUUGUUGGACAAAAUAUAGAGUUGCAGAAAUAAUGGAAUUAUCUACAGAUCUAAUUUGGCUCCAAAAUUACUAGUCGUUUGGCCCCACACAGGAAAUACAUCUGGCAACCCCUUUACUUUGAAGCAAGAUUUUCGCAAGAGAUCCUGCAGCUGCUAGGCUAGCCUUAUGUCAUGAGACUUUAGAUCGAGAAUCUAGAUCUAGAUCUAGAUUAGAAGCUGUUUUUAGAGUUAUAGGAUGCAUAGGAUGUUGUUGGAACGAAAGCCACGCUGUGUAUGUUAAGUUGUGGCAGACCAAGAAAGAAUCCUGUUUCCUGAACUCUUCGUCUUCGGUUAGUUGCCCCGCCUCAAGAGUUAGCAAGAUCAAGGGUUACAACUGACAAAAUGGCAUCUCCUGAUGCACAAGAAAAUCACUCUAUGGAUAUUCCUUCCCUUGGCAUGAGCGAACUCUUCCGCAAGGCUCAUUUCUCGUGCAAGUUUCAUGGAGAAAAUGUCUCUGUGCAGAGAGGGUUCGUGUCCACAAGCACAUACUCUAAGGCACAUGGUCAGUGCUUAAUGCAAGAACCUUUGACUCCGGGACAAACAUUCCAGCUGUCUUGUUGCGGGACAGGUGUCAUCAAGCUCGGAGCAUUCCCCAGUAAAAGAGACGCCGUGAAUUGGCUUGAAUCGGGACAGCACCUGGGAAAAUUCUGCCAACCCUUAAGGAUUCGCAUUGCCUUAUUGAGAAGCUUUGAUUGUUCAUUGGAACCUUACGGGAGGUUUUUGGAGCUCAAUGAAAAAGAGCGUUUAAGUGGAUGUUGGAAGCCGUCACGUGAACGUCCACGGGCCCAUGGCCUCCCUGAAGCACGACAGCCCCACCACUCUGAGCUGCCUCAGCCUCCGCCACAACUGGCUGAGACAAGGCACCAGCGUCCAUCUCCGAGUGUCCUGCAUACCCUCCGAGCCCAGCAUGGGCUACUUCCGGGUCUGUCUGUCGUCCUACGACAGCAUCGUGGCGAGGGGAGGGGGCGUCCAAUUCACCGGCUCCCAGGACUUCCCCGAGGUGCGUGGACAGCUUCACAAGGUCAAGGACGAUGAUAUCUUUUUAACGAUAGAGGUCGUGGACGACAAGCAUGUUCUCCUCAGGAUGGGAUGGGAUCCCCAAGCUGUGGAUCAAAGGAGGGAAGUUAUUUUUGUUGACCUCAGCAAAAGACAAUGUCUGGUCUUUGAGCAGUUUAAAGUGUCCUUGGAGGUUUGGAAAAGUGAGCCACAAGGUAACCCCACUACUCCAGCACCAGCUCGAUCAGCUGUGGAUGGAAGCUGGGGACACAUUCCUUUUCCCGCGGAAGGGCACAUUCCAAAGAGAGCUAAGCGAGAGCUGCCCAAACUUCCUGUCGUCCGACCCGAAAGAUCUCCCCAGUCUGAUGCAGCCACGCAAGUGUACGCGGAUAUUACUAACAGUGGCCGGGAGUCCAGACACAAUUCUGGCCCAGCCAUGGGGACCACGCCCACACACCAUGGCCCGAUGCCUGUGAUGGAGAAAGGAGAGAGGCAGGCAGAUGAAGAGGAGGAGGAGUACAUGCGAAUGUGUAGGCCUCCUCCUCCUCCCAGGCCUCACCUCACGAGCCGAGACAUUCACAUUGGUUUGAACGAGGAUCUUGUCACGCGGCUGACUUAUGUGAAUGUAGGUCAAGAGGGAGACAUCUCGGCUAGUAGUAGGCAGCGUGACAGGCAUAGUGUUGGCGAGAGUUCGAGACCUGCUGCGGGGAGAAGAAUUUUGAAGCAGACUUAUCCACUCUCGCUGACAAGACCAGAUGCCAAAAUGAUAGAUAUGGCUGGUGGCGCCCCAGUGACAAAUCCUGGCGCCUCGAAUCCUGCAGAUGAAACCUCAAAGACUGACGUUGGCUCCUCGAACAUUGGUCUCCCCGAGCACAUGAAAGUCCGCCACGCUCCAGCUUUCCGACGUCGGACAGAGACAGGGACAGGUGUUGAGAAAGAUGGUGAUCAUUGUUCCAAUUACGAGGACAUCUGCUUACCAGCAUGGGCCAGAGAGCUGAAAAGCAGAAGCGGAUGCAAUCCUUCUGCUGAAAGGAUUUCAUCGUCCCAAGAUAAAUCAAAGGAAGAAGACAUUGCUGGCGUCAAUAAUGCAAGGAGUAAAUGCGUUCUGUCGGAGAAUGUUCACACAAGUGAAGGUGAGCAAGAAAGUGUAGACCAAAACGACAAUUUUUGUGCUAACUUACUGGACUGUGACUUAGUGCACCCCUCUGAGAGUUUAAUGAACACUGACCACCACAAAGUGUCUUCCUUACCGUCACUGCCUGGCUCGAGUGGCUGUACAAGUCUGCGCGGUGGUGAGCCCGCUGUGGAUUUAGAUGGCACCUCGGACAGCAGCUUCAUGCUUUGUCUCCGUUCAAGUUUGGAUGUGGGCAGCCGAUCUGAAGUCCUGGGGACGUCCCACUCUUUGAGUUUACGCCCUGAUGUGAAUCCUCUAAAUUUGACUUUGGCCUCGGCAGAUGUUCACUUUAGCCCACAGGAUGCAGGUGCAGUUAGUUUCAAUGAAUGCUCUCGUGAUAUAGAGAACUUGAAGGAAAGACUUCCGGCCUGUACUGUUCCCAAGAGAGUUGUAAGUUCCUCGAGGGACUCAGAAGAUUCUGAUGGAUCUGGUCACCGCAGGGGAAGUGGCAGUGAUAGCCCUGACUCCUUGACCUGUCUGAAAACUUGCGGUUCUGGUCAAAGCAGGGGCAGCCCUGACUCCAUGACCCAUCUGAAAGCUUGCCGCUCUGGUCAAAGCAGGGGCAGCCCUGACUCCAUGACCCAUCUGAAAGCUUGCCGUUCUGGUCAAGGCAAGGGCAGCCCUGACUCCAUGACCCAUCUGAAAAGUUGCAGUUCUGGUCAAGGCAGGGGCAGGGGCAGUGAUAGCCCUGACUCUCUGACCCACCUGAAAGCUUGCGGUUCUGGUCCGCAGGCUGAAGGUGGUGAGGACAUGUUAGACGGCGCUCCCUUACAAGUCACGGAAGCGUUGUCUCUUGUCCCGCCAGUUUUACCUUGCCGGGACGGACAGAGGAGCUCAGGGUCGCGUAUAAAUCUAAACUCACCGGGGGAUCCGAAAUGGCCACAGUACACUGCUCCGAAAAUGAAGAGUACGCCUCAUGAGAAUGUGAGGAGAUGUACAGAUGGGUCGACGAGAGAGGACGCUAGUUUGCUGUGUUUUCCUGCAGCUGCUUGCGAAAGCAGGGCCGCCGCUGUAUCAAACUUGGAGAGAUGUUCCAGUGCUCCCCGGGCCAUCUGCUCGGUACAAGCAUGGAGCAAUGAGCUCAACAGGCCGCAGAGGGUCCAUUCUGUUAGGUGCAAGCCUCAGACAAAAGUUCAGUUUGACUGGAAUAUCGUGCAGAGCUCAAACCUCAACUCAAUAGCGGACUUGAAGGAUUGUGUUGACAGCAAUACAGACUCCAGCUCUUCCAGUUCAGUAGAGACCUCUCUAUCUUGUGGCGUAGUGACCCCUGAAUCUCAUAAUGUAGCGACCCCUGAACCUCGUAAUGUAGUGACCCCUGAACCUUGUAAUGUAGUGACUUCUGAACCCCGUAAUGUAGUGACCCCUGAACCUCGUAAUGUAGUGACCCCUGAACCCCGUAAUGUAGUGACCCCUGAACCUCGUAAUGUAGUGACCCCUGAACCUUGUAAUGUAGUGACCCCUGAACCCCGUAAUGUAGUGACCCCUGAACCCCGUAAUGUAGUGACCCCUGAACCUUGUAAUGUAGUGACCCCUGAACCUCGUAAUGUAGUGACCCCUGAACCUAGAGAUGAAGUGAUCUCUGCACCUUGUGACGUCAUUUUGUUAGAAACAGGUUCUUGUAUAACUUGCCCACCUCAUGUUUUGGAUGCCUUGAGAAAGUAGAGUUCUGAAAUGUACAUUGCAUAUCGGCAUCUGUGGUGUAGCAGCUGAACACUUUACCAUCACAGGCAGAAGACGUGAGGUCCUGUUUUGACAUCCCAUGUGUGUCAGUUUGCUGCUGCAGGUGUAACUCGCUGCUUUCUCAAUUUUUUCACCCAGCCAGGCAUCCUCAGUCUACUUCGUUUUUACCCCCCGGGGCAGUGCCACUGACUGUAGUGUCUUUAGGCCAUUCCCAAAAAGGGGACAUUUCUCGUUCAA